AUGCUUCGCUCAAGGAAAAGCCGCGAAAAUGUACAUGCAAACGGCGUGUGGCCAGCAAAUUCGCUGCCGAGGCACCGCACACACACUCGGUCACCCCACACAUACACAUCUUGGGUUUUAUGCAUUAAAAAGAAGUGCAGACAGGAACUGUGCCAAAAUAUAAGCAAUACUCCACCAGUAGCCCUUGCAAGUCUAAAAAUCAUUCGUUACGUAUACGCAGUGCUGAGUGCUGUAAACAAGUUGACUUCAGCGAUAACAACAAUGUCCAAAUACGAUCUGUUUUAUCUAACGGCGCAGCUAAUGCUGGUAUUUUGCUGCCUAAUUGGGAUUCAAGGAUCUAUCCUUCCCGGAAUACACAACAACAUAGAAUGCGAGCAUUUUGACGAGAAGAUGUGCAACACAACGCAGGAAUGUGAAACACGGGUCGAGCACUGUGAGAUGGACGGGAAUAAGUUUCCUAGCUGCUAUGUCCUUUGGUCGGUCAGCGAGACAACGGGCGCCCUGCGAAUAAAGAUGAAGGGGUGCUUCACUUACAUGCAUGAAUGCAAUCAGACGAAGUGCGUGACCAGUGCGGAGCCACGGCAGGGAAACAUCCACUUCUGUUGCUGCAAGGGAUCGCGCUGCAAUUCCGACCAGCAGUAUAUUAAAAGCACGAGGGAGUCAACCACACAAGUGCCCAAGGAGAAGACCCAGGAUGGCAGCAAUUUGAUAUAUAUCUACAUCGGUACCUCCGUCUUUACCGUGCUCAUGGUCAUCGUUGGCAUGGGCCUGCUUCUCUACAGACGCCGCAAGCAGGCGCAUUUUAACGAGAUACCCACGCACGAGACGGAGAUUACCAAUUCUUCUCCAUUGCUAAGCAACCGUCCUAUUCAACUGCUGGAACAGAAGGCCAGCGGAAGGUUCGGUGAUGUAUGGCAGGCCAAGCUGCACGGCCAGGACGUGGCCGUCAAGAUCUUCCGCAUGCAGGAGAAGGAGUCUUGGACCACAGAGCAUGAUAUCUAUAAGCUGCCACGCAUGCGCCACCCGAACAUACUUGAAUUCCUGGGUGUAGAGAAGCAUAUGGACAAGCCAGAGUACUGGCUGAUAUCCACUUACCAGCAUAACGGAUCACUGUGCGACUAUCUCAAGUCGCACACUAUUACCUGGCCAGAGCUGUGCCGUAUUGCCGAGUCUAUGGCCAAUGGUUUGGCUCAUCUGCACGAGGAAAUUCCGUGCUCAAAGACAGAUGGUCUCAAGCCCUCGAUAGCUCAUCGGGACUUUAAGUCAAAGAAUGUGCUGCUUAAAAGCGAUUUGACUGCUUGUAUCGCUGACUUUGGACUGGCCAUGAUCUUCCAGCCGGGCAAGUCCUGCGGUGACACACAUGGCCAAGUGGGCACUCGUCGUUACAUGGCCCCUGAAGUGCUGGAGGGGGCUAUUAAUUUCAACCGUGACGCCUUUUUGCGUAUAGAUGUAUACGCCUGCGGCUUGGUCCUUUGGGAGAUGGUGUCACGAUGUGACUUUGCCGGACCCGUUGGCGAGUUCCAGCUGCCGUUUGAAGCAGAAUUGGGCCAGAGGCCCACGUUAGACGAAGUUCAGGAGAGUGUGGUGAUGAAAAAGCUGCGCCCACGUCUGCUCAGCUCCUGGCGUGCCCAUCCGGGUCUUAAUGUGUUCUGCGACACCAUGGAAGAGUGUUGGGAUCACGACGCUGAGGCCCGUCUGAGCUCAUCGUGCGUUAUGGAACGCUUUUCGCAGCUCAAUAAGUAUCCCUCGGCACAGUUGCUGAUCAAGAACCACACCAACAUUGACGACGCCAAGGAGUCGACAAACUGCUUAUAGAAGCGGUACUAAGUCACAGACUAGUUAGCAGUACUGUGGCUUAUCAGUAAAUCAGUGAAAGCCUUUCGCUUGGCAGAAAAUAUAUUAUAAGGAAGCGCGGACGAGAUUCGUUUGUAGUUUCAUAGUUUGUAGUACCAUCAUCAGCAGCUAUAGCUCAUAUUUAGUAGAGUGGGUCGAUUUAUAAGAAAGAGGGUAAUUUUAAUUGUUUUUUUUUCUUCAAAAUUUAAAAUCGACCCAUUUGACAUAAAUCGUGAUCUUGAAACCGUUGGCAGCCAAGACAUAUAUAAAAGAGGAAAAAAACUGAACAAAGAGCAUUAGACGUGUCGCUAUGUGCAUAGAUGUGUUAGUUACUCAUCCAACAUUGACUUCAUUGACUGAUAACCGUACAUAGUUCUAUAUAAACCAUGCAUAUAACGUACAAUUUGUUUUGCCCUUAGGCAGUAGUUUGUGUGCAAAUGUAAACUGUUGAGAAUUAUUAUAAGCCUUUUUAAAUCUAAUUUUAUUUGUGCGUUAUCGAAGCCUUCAUAAAGUAAUAGUUUUAGGUUCUAAGUAAAUUUCAAUAUAGCUUGAGUAAUUUUAGUUUUAGUUUAUUUUGUAGUCGUAACGUUUUUAUUUUCCGCACAAAAGUGUCAUGUGUUUUAAUGUUGUAUUUUAAAUAAAAAAAUACUUUAAACUCCAUCC